AUGUCGAGUAAGAGACAGCUGAAGGGCACCAGAGCAAUAAAGGAAGCCAAAAUGAGCCGGAAAAGCAAAAGGAAUUUAAAGGAGAAAUUUGCCUUGAAGAACAGCUUGGUUAAAGAAGCCCUCUCAGAAUUCCUGGGAACUUUUAUAUUGAUAGCACUUGGAUGUGGGUGUGUGGGACAGGCUGUCCUUAGCCGAGGAGCCCAUGGUGGGCCCAUGACAGUAUCGGUUGGAUUUGCAAUGGCAGUCACCAUAGCAGUGUAUGUGUCUGGGGGGGUUUCUGGUGGUCACAUAAACCCAGCCGUUUCAUUAGCCAUGUGCGUGACUGGAAGAUUAAAAUGGACCAAAUUACCAAUUUACAUAUUAGCACAACUCCUGGGAGCAUUCGUUGGAGCAGCGGCUGUCUUUGGGAUUUAUUACGAUGCCUUUAUGGAGUAUAGCAAUGGAACACUUGAAGUCACAGGACCUAACGCAACAGCACAUAUCUUUGCAACAUACCCAGCUCCGUAUCUGUCCCUCAUAAAUGGAUUUGCAGAUCAGGUGAUGUCAACAGCUGUUCUUCUUCUGGCUAUAUUUGCUAUUUUUGACUCCAGAAAUAACGGCGUACCAAAGGGCCUGGAGCCAAUUGCAGUAGGACUUCUUAUAAUUGUUCUUACUUGCUCCUUGGGAAUGAACAGUGGCUGUGCCAUGAACCCAGCCAGGGAUCUAGGCCCAAGGCUCUUCACAGCCAUUGCAGGAUGGGGGAUGGAAGUAUUCACGGCUGGAAAUAAUUGGUGGUGGGUCCCUAUAGUUGCACCUAUGCUGGGAGGUGUACUUGGAGCAAUGAUCUAUAUAGUUUUUAUUGAAAUUCAUCACUCAGAUGCUCAGCCAGGAGAAGAAAAUGACAUGUAUGAUAAAUAUGAACUGACCAAUAUGGAGUAAGAAGUGAAGA